GCCGCAUGCGGCGACGACGGCAGCUGCGGCUUUGCCGCGUGCCUCUGUGCCUGCGGGAGCUUUGCCACCUGCGGCGAUGCCAUCGGCAGCUUUGUCGCCAGCUGCGUUUUCUCUUGCAUCCUUGCCGGCGAUGGCACCUUCAUCAUCCUCAUCGAUGCCCUUCGUGACACUGCCCACUGCGCCCGCGCCGGUUCUAAACGCCGCGGACACUGCCUCCGCGUCGCCUGCGCUCUCCGCGGAGUCGGACCUGCACCAGACAG